ACAGCUGGGUCAGGCUGUUCGGUCCCCCUCACAGCACCGUCCAUGGACUGAGGAGACCUUGCCGCAGCGGGUGAUAGAACCGGACCGAACAAGCUCCUUCCUCCCCGGUCCGUCCAUGGACGAGCAGGCGGGCCCCGGAGUGUUCUUCGGCGGUGGUGGCUCGGGUUCGGGCGGCACCGGGAGCGUCAGAGCCCCUCAGCCCGGAGACGGAGAGGCGGCCCGGGCUCACUAUAGCAUCCCGGGUAUCCUGCACUACCUGCAGCACGAGUGGGCUCGGUUCGAGGUGGAGAGGGCUCAGUGGGACGUGGAGCGGGCCGAGCUGCAGGCCCAAAUCGCCUUUCUACAGGGGGAACGGCGAGGACAGGAGAACCUGAAGAAGGACCUAGUGAGGCGGAUCAAGAUGCUGGAGUAUGCCCUGAAACAGGAAAGAGCCAAAUUCCACAAGCUGAAAUAUGGGACAGAACUGAACCAAGGAGAAAUCAAAGUACCAAGUUAUGAUUCAGAUGAAGGGAAUGAGAGUGAAAGUCCUCCGAACAGCAGCCAUCAGCUCAGCUGGAAACAGGGACGGCAGCUGCUCCAACAGUACCUUCAGGAGGUUGGAUAUACCGACACCAUCCUGGAUGUCAAGUCCCACAGGGUAAAGGCGCUGCUCGGUUUGACCGGAGAAUCCAGAGACAAACCCUCAGAGAGGAGAGCUGAACCUAUGGUGAACGGAACAGAGUCCUCCUCCCUGAAGGACAGCGGCAUGGUCAGUAAACCCGACAUGUCCGACUCGGCAGCCGUUUUGGAGGCCUUCAGGUUCAUCGAAAGCGCCGCGGCGGAGUUCAGCGAUGAAGACGAGGAGGAGGAGAGCGAGUCCAAGGAUAGAACCAUCCUCGACCUGGCUACCAUGGUGAGAAAGAAACAGUCAUCCACGCCAUCUUCCACAGCGUCCGACCUCAGCGAUGACCCAGACACCGAGGAGGCCCUGAAGGGAUUCGACUUCCUGGCGAGUCCGGAUGAGCCGGAUGUGUCCGAGCCGAGGAGCAGGGAGGACAGCGGGGAGUGGGAGAAGGAGGAUCCAUCUGCUCCUGGAGAACCGGUCUGGGACGUGGACCAAGGCCUGAUUGCCCAACUGAAGGAGCAAUACAAAAAGGAGAGAAAGGGGAAGAAAGGAGUUAAGAGACCGAACCGCUCCAAACUCCAGGACAUGCUGGCUAACCUGCGGGACACCGAGGAGCUCCCCCCCAUGCAGCCGGCCAUGUCAGCUCCCUCGCGGCCCACUGUUCCCAGACUGAAUGAGCCCGAGGUUGGUCGGCCUGAAGACGAACCAAUGACGUUCCUGCCGUCCACCGGGAAGUCCUUCAUUCUGGGAAGAGUGGACGAAGCCGUCUCCAACGAGCUUGGACUGGGAGAACUGGCCGGACUGACAGUUGCCAAUGAGGCAGAAAGUCUUGGAUAUGAUAUCACUAACAACACGGAUGCUCUGAGGAAAACCUGGAACCCCAAGUUCACCUUACGGAGCCACUUUGACUCGGUCCGGAGUCUGGCCUUCCAUCCUGUGGAGCCCGUCUUGGUCACAGCAUCUGAGGAUCACACCCUGAAAUUGUGGAACCUCCAGAAGACGGCACCAGCCAAAAAGUGUGCAGCGUUAGAUGUGGAGCCCAUCUAUACGUUCAGAGCUCACAGUGGGGCUGUUCUCAGCGUCACCAUGAGCUCAAGCGGGGACCAGUGUUUUAGUGGGGGGGUGGACGGCACCAUCCAGAGCUGGAACACGCCCCACCCGAACAUAGACCCUUAUGACUCCUAUGAGGCCUCCAUACUGCGCGGGGCGCUGUGCGGCCAUACGGACUCAGUCUGGGGCCUUGUCUAUAGCUCAGCACACCACCGUCUUCUCUCCUGCUCGGCUGAUGGGACGGUCCGACUCUGGAACGCCGCUGACAUCUCACCCGCUUUGGCGAUUUUUAAUGAAGAUGGAGACAUGGGGGUCCCAACCUCAGCGGACCUGGUGAGCAGCGACCCAGCCUAUAUGGUGACGUCGUUUAAUACGGGACAUAUUGGACUCUUCAACAUGGAGACUCAGCAGCUGGUCCUGAAGUUUGAGUCUGCUGGACCUCCAGAGUCUCCAUGUAAGAUCAACAAAGUCCUGAGUCAUCCGACACUGCCGAUCACCAUCACAGCACAGGAGGACCGGCACAUCCAAUUCUUCGACAACAACACAGGUAAACUAAUCCACUCCAUGGUUGCCCACCUGGACUCAGUCACCUGUCUUUCUGUGGAUCCAAACGGCCUAUACCUGAUGUCAGGAAGUCACGACUGCUCCAUCCGUCUGUGGAACAUGGAAAGUAAGACCUGCAUCCAGGAGUUCACUGCCCACCGGAAGAAGUUUGAUGAGUCCAUCCAUGACGUGGCGUUCCACCCAAACAAAUGCUACAUCGGCAGUGCUGGAGCCGACGCACUAGCCAAGGUCUUUGUAUGACCGGGACCUGCAGUGACUAUUUGUGUCAUCAUGGGGUUGACUCUCCUCCUACUGGACUCGGGCUGGCCUGCAUCCCAUCAAUAAGCUCUUCAUUUCCAGUCCCAAGGGGUGGUGUUCUGCACCUUUUAGGUUUGCUUGUGCUUCCACAUACCUCCUCAAUACUCAAUAUGCCCCCAAGUUAAUCAGAGUCCUGCUAAUGACCUGGACCUGGACUAGAGUGUGCAGAAGCGAAGAUUUAUCUAAAAAGUGCAGGAAACCAGACCACCAGGAACCAGGAGCAACCUGAAAAAUGUUUUUCAAAACCCAAAACCUCUGCAGCGUUUCUGCUUUUGGGAAUUCUUUAUCAGUAUGAUGUGCCUUUUUUCCUUAGAGCAGAGAUUCCUUUAGAACCUGAAGAAAUUAAAGUGCCAGUUCAGAUUUCAGCCCCCUGCUGGCGGUUAGCAGUACUGUCUUGGUUGUCUAAAGAUUGUGCAGAGGUUUUGUUUUAAAGGUUCAUUCCAACUG